AUGGGAUACCCAGAGAUUAUCCGCUUGCUCCACUCGGCCCUUUCGCAGACCAACAAGAUCCAUAUCUAUAACAUAGAUACCCGGGACGAACGGGGACUGACACCACUACACUAUGCUAGCCUUUCGAACAGCGCACGAGCUGGUGAAGUGACAGAGGUGCUGCUCGAACUAGGCGCAGAUCCCAACCUUGCAGAUGAUAGGGGCUGUACACCUUAUAUGAUGGCUUCCCUGCUUCAACAUACGCAAGUCAUGGAGGUGCUACAGAGCAAUGUCACAUCACCCAAUAGCGAAACAAGAGAUACGCAGGAUCUUCCUGCUUUGACUCUUGCGGAACAUGACCACUGGGCAUUGCUUCGAGAAGUAACUACCACCGGAAGGGCUGACCUUACAUACAAAUGCAUGUUGAGUGGUGAUACACUGCUACAUAUGGCAACGGCAGCCAAUGAAACUGAUAUCCUGCGUCUUCUCAUCGAAAACAAAUUGCGGCCGGAGAGCGCAGUCAACGAGCAAGGGCAUACGCCACUGCAUCUGGCAAGAACCGUGGAAAUAGCCAAGUUAUUGGUCGACGAUGGCUACCAUGUUGACUCAACAGAUCUCAAUAAUAAUACGCCAUUGGACAUUGCGCGUCGACAGCCUAAAACCCGUGAUGUCGCUGAUUACCUUGAAGAUGUAUCAAGAAUGUCCGAGAAAAAGCACCGAACGGAGAGAUGGGAGGAAAAUACUAAAGGUGAGAGUGAGACCGUGUCAAGCGAGCUCACUGUGGCUAUUCAUGAUCAUAAUUUGACUUCGAGCAACUCUCCAGCUUGGAUAGGGCGACUGAAGCGUUGUAUACUCCACCUUCAGUUCUGGACUUUUCUUUUACUUGCAAUAUAUGUAGUUACUGUGUUUAGAAUUGUUUCCCUAUUACAGUAG